AUGUCAUCUCCCGAUAAAAAGGCAGCAUUCAAACAGUUAUCGGAGGAAGAGAAGAAGCUGCACCAUAUCAGAUCAGAAAACAAGAGACGAGAUCAGAUCAGAUCUACUUUUGAUAGUCUGGUCAAAGUGGUUCCCGAUCUCACAGAAUCCGAAAGUAGGUCGGAAUAUGCUGUGUUAACGAAGACAUCCAAUUACAUUCGUCAACUACGAGAAGAAAACCAAAAGUUGUUGAGGGUGGCCCAACAACAAGGAUUAGACAUUCCAGAAGAUUUGAAAGAGUAA